GUGGCCUCUGUGGACCUCAGAACCACUGCGAAGGGCAGGUGAGGGUGGGGCCCGCUGCUGCUUGCGCCAGGAGAGCAGGGCCAACUUCCAGUGGAUGGUGGGCAAGGCCAGGGAGCUGAAGGGGAGACCAGGAGGCCCCCGGGGGCCCUGCCCUACAGCAUCAUGAUGGGGAAACUCCCUUUGGGGGUUGUGUCUCCUUAUGUGAAGAUGAGCUCGGGGGGCUGCACGGACCCCCUGAAAUUCUACGCCACCAGCUACUGCACAGCCUACGGUCGGGAGGAAUUCAAGCCCCGGAUGGGCAGCCAUGUAGGCACAGGUUACAAAUCAAACUACCGGCCUCCGGUCUCCUACCAGCCCCACCUGGAUGCCCUGGACAACUCGGCCAUGGGGGAACAAGUCCGGAACAAUUUCCAGUCCGUGACCAGUCAGAGUUACGGUCCCCUGGAGGUGCCCGACGGCACGCAGCCGCUACCCUGGAACAUGUACCAGACCACCUCCAGCUACGGGCGCGAGAAGCCCAGCGAGGGCCUCCUCACUAAGGAGGUCAGGAAGGUCCAUUUUGACACCCAGGAUCACGGAGCCCAGUCUAUCACGGGGCUGGAGCCCAGGGACAUUCCCUUGCUCCACCAGCAGCAAGCCAAGGGCUCGCCAGAGUGGGAGAACUCUCGCUACGGCCCACGCUUCAUGACUUCUGAGUACAAUUCCAAGUACCUCAAGGAGCCGUCCAUCCAGCCAGAUCUCUUGCAGAAGAAAUCAAUCGGUGCCAAGGAGGAGACUGGCUUCACAGAGGACUCCAUCAAAAGCCCUAUAGUCUUCCAGCCACCCUCCCAGGUGGUCCCUGGGGACCCUGUCCUCCUCCCAAACCGGAGUGUCACCAAGUCGGACUUCCUCCCAAUGACUCACCCUCACGGAAGUGAGUACCUGCCGGUGCUGUCCAGAGGUUCUGAGCGCGAGACGGGCUACAGCAGAGUGAAUGAGAGGACUCUGAACCCCAGAGUGCCCCCACCCAGCCCAGAACCCAGCAGCAUGAGCCACCGCCAAUUCCAGCCCCCGCAGCGGCUGCAACAGACCAACGUUGCCCUGCUUGGCCGCGAGACUGUGGGGAACAAGGAGCCCACGGGGUACAGCCUUAACAACCCCGCCUAUGUCCGGAGCUCCUAUGACCCAGACAGGGAUAACCGGUACCUGACCACCUACAACCAAGGGUACUUUGAAAACAUCCCCAAGGGGCUGGACCGGGAAGGCUGGACUCGAGGUGGCAUCCAGCCCCAGAAGAUGGGAGGCUAUGCCCUCAACCAGUCAGUCUCCCGCAUGGAGGCCACUCCCAGCCCCACAGAGAGCCUGCGGCGCCUGCACCCCCAUGUGGGAAGAACCUUGACCUCAGUUGACCCCUUCUAUCGCGACACACCUCACAGCAGCCGCUACAUGGCUUCCAGCUGAGCCAGAGGCCCAGGUUUACGGACCCCACAGGACAGAAGCCAAGUCUCUGUCCCCAUUCCCACCCCUCCCCCACAGUGCCUCCCGAGCUACUUUCCUGAUGAAAUAAAGAACACUGAAC